CCCGACCGGGUAAGGAAGCCGAAUAAGCCGAUGAUUAAGGCACGGGUGGCUUCGACGUACUUCUUGCACGUAUGCGGGGCCUCUAAGGGGUCGGCGGCAGCGAUGUCGCCGCAGAAAACAGACGGCGCUCAGCUGCAGCAGGCCACCAUCCGCCAUGGUCAUUUUAUCCUUGUUCUCUAUCUAUCUUUCUCUAUGUUCUCCAUUAAUUAAUUCUUCUCUUUCACCGUUUGUAUCAACACUACCUCUAAUUCUUCCGGCACUCCCAAAAUCGACCCGCCAUGUCAUCCCGUGAUCCAAAAGAAAACCCGACCGACGAUUCAACACUAGAGCCCGACAAUCGGGAUAACAACACGCAAAAUCCGCCUCCCAAAAAGAAACGACGGCAGAGACAGUUGUACAGUUGCGCAGAAUGUCGGAGAUUGAAGCUAAAGUGUGACAGACAAGUUCCUUGUUCCAACUGUACCCGUCGAGGAUGUCAAGAGCUCUGCCCUAACGGGUCCAAGCAGACUGUCAAAGGAAACUCUGAAGAUUCCGUCGAGCUUCGGAAACGACUCGAAGCUGUAGAGAGCCUCUUGACACAACACGGUGUCUCUCUUCCCGCCUCUACGAGCAACGACAACAAUAGCAACGACAACGAAAUGGCGAACCGACCACGAAGCAAAAGCGAUACUAUUGAAGAAGAUGCUAUAAAUCGACGGAGCAGUGUUCAGAUGACUUCACCCCCUCACGAUCAAAAUGAAGCGCAAAAGGAGAGAACAGCAUCUGUAAAUGUUCGUCGUUCCCGAUCUCCAGCAUCACAACCAAUUCCCGGGAAUCAACCCAUCGCAGCCGCGAUAAAUUCUUCUCAGAUUCAGUCCCAGACCUCUCAUCUUGCCGAAGAUGUCCAUCCUAUCCCAGCCAAUCCCAUAUCAAAUCCGACUCCUACUUAUGGGAGUAUGACGAUGGUAUCCCCCCCGGAGCUUAGUCGGGUGCAUUUCGACUUCAACACAAGUGCAGAUGAUUAUCGACAGACUUGGGCUGCUGGCCCUCAUCCUUCAUUAUCUCAUCAUCAUAUUUCAACUGUAUCUUCUGUGAGAAGUGAUCCGGCACAGCAAGAGCAAAGUUUCGGAACCUUAGUGCUUUCGCAUGGUGGCGGGUCCAAGUAUCUUGGUCCUACCGCUGCCAGUGAAUGGCUCAAGGAUCAAGAGAUACAAGAAGCCCAAGACCUUAGCGAUACACCCGGAGCUUCUCGAGCGCCCUCCCCCUCUCAACGACAGUGCCCUGUCCGAGCUCCUGUAAUGCUUGAUCAGGGCGGUAUAUUCCCGUUUGAUGUCAUCUCCCCCAGCGUCAGCACUCAAACCAUUCUCAAUCACCUCCCUCCUCGACAUGAGGCGAGUGUCCUGGCAGAAUCUUACUACCGUUACUUUGCUUGGCAUUACAACGUUGUCCCGCGGCAAACAUUCCAGCCCAUAUUCGAUCGUGCUUACAAAAGAGAGAUGUCUGUAAAUAGAAAUGUUGGUGCACAGGAGCUUGCUCUUCUGUACAUCCUCUUGGCAAUGGGAGCUUUGCAUAACCUCGAAUUGCCGCCAAACGACCCCAUCGCUGAAGAGUACUCGACCUUGUCCAAAAUUUGUCUCGCAAAAGGAGAGUUCAUGGUUCAUUGUACGACCACCGGUGUUAUGGCUUUGCACGUCAUGGCUCAUUUUCAUCUAGAAACCGAGAAAGGAAGGAAUGGAGAUUCCGCAUGGCCUCUCUGGGGUUUAGCUAUGCGAUUGAUACAAGGGAUGGGCUUACAUCGAGACGGUGCCAGGUGGAACUUGACACCCGAGAUCGUAGAAGAGCGUCGUCGAGUCUUCUGGGAAUCUCAUGCCGCUGAUGUUCUUCAAGCUAACUGCUUCUCCCGACCGAGCUCCAUCCCACCAGACUAUAUUGAUACUUGUUUCCCUUCUGAGGAUCCUGAAUUUAUUAUCCCCAGACAAGAAGUGCAGAAUCAGGAGAAAGGUUUCUGGACUUUGAAGUUUGAGCUAGUCAAGAUAUCUGGAGCGAUUUUGGAUCUUGCGAUGAAGGUAAACCCACCCUCGUAUGACACGGUGACAACCUUGCAUGAGCAUCUAUGUGAUUUUGAACAUCAAGUACCUUACCAUCUCCGUUGCCGAACAGCUCUUCUAGCAUUGCCUUCUAUUUACCCUGACCCAACUCAGGCGGUAAGAGACAGUCCCGAAAUCUCAAAGAGAGACCUUCACCGCACUUUCCAGCAAUUCACAUUGUAUAUCAACAUUUCCGAGACUAUACUGUUCCUUCAUCGGCCAUACUUUGCAAAGGCGUUACAUGAGAGAUUAUCGGAUCCUACGAGAUCCAUAUAUGGUCAAUCUUAUCUCUCUGUAGUCGAGCGGUGUAACUGUAUCAUUCAGCUUGUGUCCACCAUCUAUGCUUUGCACCCGUACAUAUCCGCCCGACAUUGGUUCUUAUGGUAUCAUGCUUUCAACUCUGCAGUUUGCAUGGGUACUCUUAUCCUCCAGACGCCUCACAACCCCAUGGCCACAUUUGCACUCUCCCAAAUCGACGCAUGUAUCACCCUCUACACCUCUGUCGUCCAAAGUCACGCUUCUACCCGUCUCGCCAAGAAUCUGCAAUGGCUCCUCCGUUUACGCCACAGAGCCCAUACCAAGAUGAACCAAAACCCUCCCGAUGCAGCCACAGAAGCCAUGGCGUCAAUGCAUACGGGCAAUGAAGGGGAUGAGGAUAUAGAAUUAUUGGGUUGGAGAACAAGGUUGAUCCAUAGGGCUACAAGGGGCACGCAAAAGGCUACUACAAUCUCCCCCAUGGCGAGCAGUCAGGCAAACCAUACGCCUUCUCCUGGUACUUCGGUCACACAGACGAUUACGCAGGCACUGCAGCAGCAUUUCGGAGGGGAUGGAAGCGGUGGUGGAGGAGGUAUAGCCAUGGAUCACCUCAGUUCGUCUUCGAAUAACCCUAUCAAUGCAUCGACAGACGUUCUUCUUCAUCAGUUCUGGGAUCCGCGAAUGUUGCACGAGACUUUUGCGGGACAGCAGCCUGUGAUGGGGAACGUUGAACCUUCCUCUGUGAAUUGGUGGGAUUGGGAUGCCUUAGCAGGAGAGGGGAGCUCCGGUAAUCGAUAGCUUCUGAUGAAGGCGGGUAGAUAUAGUAGCAACGUACCAUCGUCAAUCAUAAUUUAUUAGAGAAUUUGGGAUUUUUUUAUCUAUGAUGUAUGCAAUUCCUCU